AUGGCAAGGGUAGGGGACGCAUUUUCAGACGACCCUUCGGUCGAAAAGUACUACGGGCAACGCCAUCGAUUGUGGUCGCGAUUUGACGACGGUGUGUGGAUGACACAAAAAGGAUGGUGCGAGGUCACACCCGAAGCUAUUGCAUGCUUUUCCUCCGAGCUUCAUAAAGGUCUUGAAAAGAAAUCUUGUGUUCUUGAUCUUUUCUGUGGUUGUGGAGGAGAUACGGUUCAACUAGCGCGAGUUUAUGAAAAGGUGGUUGCUGUUGAUAUAGAUCCGGAUGCGAUAGAGGCGGCUAAAAAGAAUGUGGAGGUUUAUGGCGUUGGGGAUCGCGUUUCCUUCUACUGUUGUGACUUCCGCACAUUGAAAUUAGAUAAUAUGGAGUUUGAUGCGUUACACUGCUCUCCUCCGUGGGGAGGACCGUUAUAUGCCGCCGCACCCUCUUUUGACAUGGAAAACUCCUUACGUGCUAGUAUAGGCAUGGAUUUUUUGGAGCUUUUGGGGUUUAUUACAAAAUUUUCAAGAAAUAUUACCAUAUUUUUACCACGAAAUGUGCUUUUGUAUUCUACCAUCCCUUCUGGGUUUACAGGAAACUUUGCCAUU